AUGGGAGACUCUUUUGCACACAAGAGUUACUCUUCAGCUCUGGUUAAAGAUUCAGAGACUUAUAUUAGCAUGGAACAACCGCAUUUGUCAGAGAAUCGUGGUUUAGUUUCAGCAACCAAACGGAAAGCCGUUUCAGACCCUGGACCUCCCACAAGAAGGAUUAAGGUUUCUGAUGAAGGCAAACUCUCUGCAAAGAACCAGAAGAUUACACAAAUUGACAAAUUCACAAAGAAAUCCAUUUCCUUUGAUGUUGAGGGAUCUGAAAAUCCAGACAAGGAAUGCAGAUAUUUGGUUCCUGCGAAAGGAUCGUCUUCUGCCAAAAGGAAAGCUGUUUUUCAUCACGAACCUCCCACAAAACGGUCUAGGGUUUCAGGUGAAGGCAGCGUCUCCAGACAUAACCUGGAUGAGACAUCCAGAGUCUCAAAGAGGUCACUCUCACCAGAUGGUGAGGGAUCUGGAAGUCCAGCAAAGAGAAUCAGACUGUCUGAUUCUGAGAGUCCCUCGCCUUCAGCCAAAGAUCAGUUCGAGGCAAAAUACGAGCAAAAAGAUCAGCUUGGAAAGGGAGGCUUUGGAUUUGUUUAUGGUGGCUACCGCAGGGCAGACAAUUUACCUGUGGCAAUCAAACAUAUACCAAAGAAAAAUGUAGUCUGGACAGAUACGGACGAGAACGGCCAGCAGCUCAGCAUUGAGGUAGCCGCCAUGCUAAAACUCCAGACAGAAUCAGCUGAUUCGGUGGGGAAGUCCGCUCCAAUUUCCCUCCUGGACUGGUACGAUUUCAACCAGGAACAGAUUCUAGUGUUGGAGAGACCAGUGCCUGCAGUGGACCUCUCACAGUUUAUUAAAAAUAACAAAGAGCCCCUACAGGAGAAUCAGGCUAAAACAAUUAUUAAACAGCUGGUUGAUGCCGUCAAACAUCUGGAGGACACCAACAUCUUCCACAGAGACAUCAAACCACGAAAUAUUCUGAUUGAAACAGGAUCAGAAAUCCCGCGACUGCGACUGAUUGACUUUGGAGUGAGUUGUUUCACCAACACAGAAUAUGAAAACGGCCGGUUCUACGGCACAGCGAAACACGUCCCUCCUGAGUUUAUUUCAGAACGCAUUUAUAAGGCAGGACCAGCAACCGUGUGGCAGGUGGGAGUUGUUCUCUAUGAAAUGCUCCACGAAAGUUUUUUUGACUCAAAAAAGUUUUUCAGUAACAAACUCAGAAUCAGGACGGACCUCUCUCCAUACUGUACGAACUUCCUAAAGAGCUGUUUCUGUAUAAACCCAUGGUGGCGUCCCACCUUAAAGCAGCUCCAGCGUGACCCUUGGCUUUGGUUAAACAGAAACUAAAAUCUUCAAAGCUCUGGACCCAAUUCAACCGGCACCAAGCUAGAUCCCUCCUAACUCAGACACCCCUCAACCCCUAACAGAGUCACCUAUCAUCUCCUACAUUUCCCUCAACCCACUGCAGGACUGAGCCCAAAAAAAGGCCCUGGCAGUGCACCAUAACUGUUUAUAUGAUAGGAUAUGCAAAGGCACACAACACCCCAGAGAAUCAGCAUGUUGUGUUAGUAACCAGAAAGAGGAAAAUAAACAGCUGGAUCAAGAAAAGUCUGUCAAACCCGACCCAGAGAAGAAAGUUGAGGUGAUUCCUGCACUUCUCCCUCUGGAAAACCAGCGGAAACGUCAGACAACGAAGGGAACAUCCUUCAAAAGGAAACAGGAGAGAGAAAGUUAGUCAGCGAGAAAAUGUUAGAAAAAAUAUAAAUUCUCAAGCAGCAGGUGGAAAAAGCCAGAAACCAAAAUCCAAAUGGAAAAUGUUAGAAUGGUUUAGUUCGAAU